AAGCCCUCACCUUCUCUUUCCGUCUCUCAGGCCAAAGAGCAAAAAGCUGAAACAAGUAAACUAUAACCCAACUUCUAAAGCAAAAGCAAAAGCAAAAGACCACAAUCCGCUUUCCAAUCACACCGUAAAGCUGAAGAAAGCGGACCGAAGCAAACCUCGUUAAGCAACCUCGUCUCAAUAACAUAUAUACUCUGCACCCAUGUCUGCUUCUUCUCACUCUUCAUCAUUCCCAACUACCCUUUUGAGCUCAGGCCAAUGGCAGAGAUUGUUGUUGCAGAGCCUGGCUAUGAAGUCGACCCAAAGUACCCAAGACCUCUUACAAGGUCAAUUACUAUUAGUUGCUCUCAUGAUCACGUUCCCGAGCAUUUUGAGAGUGAACGGUUGCCGCCCUCUUUGGCUUCCAAAAUCCAAGAGUUUCUUCGCGUUGCCAAUUUGGUUGGAGGCCACGAGCCUCGUAUUGCUUAUCUUUGCCGCUUCCAUGCCUUUGAAAUAGCACAUUAUAUGGACCCCACUUCAAGCGGGCGGGGUGUUCGACAAUUCAAAACUUCACUACUUCAACGACUUGAAAAGGAUGAACAAGCCACAACUAGGAAAAGGAAGGAAAAGAAUGAUAUGCGUGAACUCAAACGUGUUUAUUGUAUGUACAACGACUAUGUGAUUCAACAUGGUGGAUCAUUUGACUUUGGAAAUAGGGACACAGAGAGGUUGAUAGAGGCAUAUAAUAUUGUUGCCGUGUUGCAUGAAGUGUUGGAGACAAUUACGAAUACAGAUGGUCCUCAGGUCCUUGCUGAUAGAGUUAGCAUGCAUGCAAAGGUUGAGUUCAACGUUUUGCCACUUGAUCAUGGAAGUAUUCAGCAGCCAAUUAUGCAACUUCCUGAGAUUAAGGUUGCACUUGCAGCCAUCCGCAAUAUUCGUGGUUUACAUUCAGCCCAAGAUGUUCAGAAACAUGGGGGAGUCAGAGAUUUGUUUGAUUUUCUUCAGUAUUGGUUUGGAUUCCAGAAAGAUAAUGUAGCAAACCAGAAGGAGCAUCUGAUUCUACUCCUUGCUAACAUACACAUUCGCCAAACUCAUGACCAGAAAUCAAACUCAAAGUUAGGAGAUGGUGCUGUGGAUGAAUUAAUGAGAAAGUUCUUCAAGAAUUAUACAAAUUGGUGCAAAUUUUUGGGGAGAAAAAGCAACAUUCGGUUGCCUUUUGAGAAACAAGAAGGCCAACAAUACAAACUUUUAUAUAUAGGGCUUUACCUUCUGAUAUGGGGGGAGGCUGCAAACUUGCGUUUCAUGCCAGAGUGUCUCUGUUAUAUUUUUCACUGUAUGGCAUAUGAGUUGCAUGCUAUGUUAACUGGUACUGUUAGCUUGACAACUUGGGAGAAGGUUAUGCCAGCAUACGGAGGAGAGUCUGAAUCCUUCCUUAAAAAUGUAGUUACUCCCAUAUACAGGGUUAUAAGAGAGGAAGCUAAGAAAAGCAAAAGUGGGACAGCUGACCAUUCUACAUGGAGAAACUAUGAUGAUCUGAAUGAGUAUUUCUGGUCUCCUGCUUGUUUCGAAAUAGGUUGGCCCAUGUGUCUAGAGCACAAUUUCUUUUGUGUACAGCCUUCAAAAAAACCCAAUGCUAAGAAUGCUCCGGUAUCACAAAAUACUGUAGAACAAAGGAGGAAGAGAGAAGGAAAGAAAGAUAAAGAACUGGGGGCUACCAUGGAGGAAGUUCGGGAACCGAAAUGGCUAGGGAAGACAAAUUUUGUAGAGAUCCGUUCAUUUUGGCAGAUUUUUAGGAGCUUUGAUAGACUCUGGAGUUUUUUUAUUCUAUCCCUGCAGGCAAUGAUAAUUAUGGCCUGCCAUGAUUUGGGAUCUCCACUUCAAGUGUUCAACAUGGUAAUAUUCGAGGACAUAAUGAGCAUCUUCAUCACUUCUGCAAUUCUUAAACUCAUACAAGCAAUUCUUGACCUUGCCUUUACAUGGAAAGCUAGAGGCACAAUGGAAUUCUCUCAAAAGAUGAAACAUGGGAUGAAGAUGGCUAUUGCGCUGAUAUGGACUAUCAUUCUUCCUGUGUGCUAUGCUAAAUCUAGAAGAAAAUAUACUUGUUAUUCCUCAAAAUAUGGGAGCUGGCUUGCAGAAUGGUGUUUUUCUUCCUAUAUGGUUGCUGUUGCAAUUUACAUGAUGACGAAUGCAGUUGACAUGGUGCUAUUUUUUGUUCCUGCUGUUAGCAAGUAUAUUGAGAUCUCAAAUUGCCGGAUUUGGACAGUUCUGUCAUGGUGGAUACAGCCAAGAAUAUAUGUGGGACGUGGGAUGCAAGAAGGCCAAGCUUCUGUCUUGAUGUAUACAUUGUUUUGGAUACUAGUACUGUUAAGCAAAUUUUUGUUCAGCUACUUUUUUGAGAUAAAACCACUCAUGGCACCAACAAAACAAAUCAUGGAAAUUGGUGUGAAAAAUUAUGAAUGGCAUGAGCUCUUCCCAAAAGUCAAAAAUAAUGCUGGUGCAAUUGUUGCUGUAUGGGCUCCUAUUAUAGUAGUGUAUUUUAUGGACACACAGAUAUGGUACUCUGUUUUCUGUACAAUCUUUGGUGGACUAUACGGCAUUUUGCAUCACCUUGGUGAGAUUCGGACUUCAGGAAUGCUGCGAAGUAGAUUUCACUCCUUGCCUCCUGCAUUUAAUUUCUGUCUAAUCCCACCCUCGUCAAGGAAUGAUCAGAAGAAAGGAAAAGGUUUCUUUCAAAACAGAUUUCAGAAGGUGUUGGAAAAUGAAAAAAAUGGCGUUUCCAGGUUUGCUCUAGUUUGGAACCAAAUUGUCAAACAGUUUCGAUUAGAGGAUCUGAUAAGCAACAGGGAGUUAGAUUUGAUGACAAUUCCUGUGACACCAGAAAUAUUUCCUGGGUCACCAGAAAAAUUUCCUGGCAUGGUUCGUUGGCCUGUUUUCCUCCUAGCUUAUAAGCUUUCAACAGCUUUGAGCAUUGCAAAAGAUUUUGAGGGGAAGGAUAAGGUUCUUUUCAGAAAGAUUAGAAAGGAUAAGUGCAUGUACUAUGCUGUAAAGGAGUGCUAUGAAUCAUUGAAGUAUACCCUUCAAAUUCUUGUUGUCGGCAAUCUGGAGAAAAGGAUCAUAUCUGCUAUAGUAAAUGAAAUUGAAGAAAGCAUUGACAGAUCAAGUCUUCUUCAGGACUUCAGGAUGGAAGAGCUCCCAGCUCUAGUAGCAAAAUGUAUCGAUUUAGUUGAAUUUCUGGUUGAGGGAAAUGAAAGCCAUCAUGAUAAAGUUGUGAAAGCUCUCCAAGAUAUAUUUGAACUUGUAACCAAUGAUAUGAUGAUUAAUGGUUCCAGCAUAUUGGAUUUGCUCUAUUCAUCCCAAAAGACAGACAUGGAUUUUGAUGAUUUUUCUAGAGAUAUUGAACCGCAAUUAUUCGAGUCAUCUGCUGGAAAUGACCCUAUCUGUUUCCCUCUGCCAGAUAGUGAUCCACAGAAUGAACAGAUCAAGCGUUUUCAUUUGUUGCUUACUGUCAAAGACACAGCAAUGGACAUACCUGCAAACUUAGAUGCACGGAGGCGCAUCUCAUUCUUUGCUACUUCUCUCUUUAUGGAUAUGCCUAAUGCUCCUAAAGUACAGAAUAUGCUGUCAUUCAGUGUUAUAACUCCACACUUUAUGGAAGAUAUUAAUUAUUCAAUGGAGGAGCUUUAUUCCAGCCAGCAAGAGGUUUCCAUCAUCUUUUACAUGACAAAGAUAUUUCCAGAUGAGUGUCAAAACCUUUUAGAACGCAUGGGUUGUGAAAACCUGGAUGAACUAAAAAAUCAGUUUAAGGAGAAAGAGAUAAGAGACUGGGCUUCAUUCAGAGGCCAAACAUUAAGCAGAACAGUUAGGGGAAUGAUGUACUAUAGAGAAGCCUUAAAAUUACAAGCGUUUCUUGACAUGGCUGAAGAGAAAGAUAUUCUUGAUGGUUAUGAUAAUGCUGAAAAAGAAAACCCUACGUUAUCAGCUAAACUAGAUGCACUAGCAGACAUGAAAUUCACAUACGUAAUUUCUUGUCAAUCAUUUGGAUCACAAAAAGCUUCUGGAAAUCCCCAUGCAAAUGACAUAAUUGAUUUGAUGAAAAGGUACCCGUCUCUCCGUGUUGCUUAUGUUGAGGAGAAAGAAGAGAUUGUUGAAGACAAGCCUCGAAAGGUUUAUUCUUCUUUGUUGGUUAAAGCUGUCAAUGGUUAUGAGCAGGUAAUAUAUUGCAUAAAGCUUCCUGGUCCACCAGAUAUUGGAGAAGGAAAGCCUGAAAAUCAAAACCAUGCCAUAAUCUUCACUCGUGGUGAAGCUCUCCAAGCAAUCGACAUGAACCAAGAUAAUUAUUUGGAAGAAGCACUCAAAAUCAGAAAUCUUCUGCAAGAAUUUCGUCAGCACGAAGGAGGGAAGCCCCCUACAAUACUUGGUUUGAGGGAACACAUAUUCACAGGAAGUGUGUCUUCUCUAGCAUGGUUCAUGUCAUAUCAGGAGACCAGCUUUGUCACCAUUGGUCAACGGCUUCUUGCCAGUCCUCUCAGGGUACGAUUCCACUAUGGACAUCCAGAUGUAUUUGACAGGGUCUUUCACAUAACAAGAGGCGGCAUAAGCAAAGCAUCCAAAACAAUUAACUUAAGCGAAGAUGUUUUUGCUGGAUUUAAUUCUACUUUACGGCGGGGAUGUAUUACAUACCAUGAGUACCUGCAAGUUGGCAAAGGCCGUGAUGUAGGCCUAAAUCAGAUCUCAAAGUUUGAAGCCAAGGUAGCUAAUGGAAACAGUGAGCAAACCCUAAGUCGUGAUAUAUACCGCCUUGGACAUCAGUUUGAUUUCUUCCGGAUGCUAUCUUGUUAUUUCACAACCAUUGGGUUUUACUUCAGUAGCCUGAUAUCAGUGAUUGCAAUUUAUGUGUUCCUCUACGGACAGCUAUACCUUGUUCUUAGUGGUUUGGAGAAAGCACUUCUUCUUGAGGCUAGAGUAAGGAACAUACAAUCCUUGGAAACAGCUCUUGCCUCCCAGUCAUUUAUACAGCUUGGUCUCCUAACAGGCUUACCAAUGGUGAUGGAAAUUGGACUUGAGAAAGGGUUUCUUACUGCCCUCAAAGAUUUUGUCCUCAUGCAAUUGCAGCUGGCUGCUGUUUUUUUCACUUUUUCCCUCGGAACAAAAACUCAUCACUAUGGCCGAACAAUUCUGCAUGGGGGUGCUAAGUACAGACCCACUGGGCGUAAGAUCGUCGUGUUUCAUGCUAGCUUCACGGAAAACUACAGAUUGUAUUCAAGAAGCCACUUUGUUAAAGGAUUUGAAUUAUUGCUCUUGUUGAUUGUCUAUGAUUUGUUCAGGAGGUCUUACCAGAGCAGCAUGGCUUAUGUGUUAAUCACUUAUUCCAUUUGGUUCAUGUCAAUCACUUGGCUGUUUGCACCGUUUCUUUUUAAUCCCUCUGGGUUCAGUUGGGGGAAGAUAGUAGAUGACUGGAAAGAUUGGAAUAAGUGGAUCAGGCAGCAGGGGGGUAUAGGAGUUCAACAGGAUAAAAGUUGGCAAUCUUGGUGGGAUGAUGAGCAAGCUCAUCUUCGUCAGUCAGGGAUGAGUUCUAGGUUAAUUGAAAUACUUCUUUCUCUUAGGUUUUUCAUUUAUCAGUAUGGUCUCGUCUAUCACCUUGACAUCUCCCAACAGAGCAAAAAUUUUCUGGUUUAUGUGCUUUCAUGGGUUGUGAUUCUUGGGGUGUGCCUAUUAGCCAAGGCAGUCAACCUGGGAAGGCAACUGUUCAGUGCUAGAUAUCACCUGUGGUUUAGACUAUUCAAAGUAUUCCUCUUCCUGGGUGUCCUGUCCAUUAUAAUUAUUCUUUCCAAUGUCUGUGAUCUAUCUUUUAUGGACUUAAUUGUGUGCUGUCUGGCAUUUGUGCCUACUGGAUGGGGUUUGAUACUGAUUGCACAAGCUGUGAGGCCGAAGAUAGAGAAGACUGGACUCUGGUACUUCAUCCGUGUACUUGCUCAAGCUUAUGAUUAUGGAAUGGGUGUUGCUCUCUUUGCACCCAUAGCUAUUUUGGCGUGGCUCCCAAUUAUAUCUGCCUUCCAGACUCGUUUCCUUUUCAAUGAGGCGUUCAAUAGACACUUGCAUAUCCAACCAAUUCUUGCGGGGAAAACGAAGCACAAAUAAUUUUUUCGAAAGCCAAUGAUGAGUUUAUAGUAUAUAUGUACCAUUGAUGAGUUUUUAAUGUAUAUAUGUAAAGUCAAGUUAAUAUUGAUAAAUCCUCAUAUUGUUAGAAGAAUUACAUAAUAUUCUACUGAUUCAUAUAUAUUGCCUAAUUUAAAUUAUAGAGAUACAAGUUUAAAUGUCAAAAAGCUUAUUUUAUUUCUUGCGGAUAAUUUGUGGCGCCCCCAAA